UAAAGCGGAGCAAAGGCAGCGAAGGAUUAUUUCAACUCACUCACUCACUCACUGACUUUCCCUACAACAUCAACACAAUAUCUUGUAAGCACGGUCAAGCAGGAGUCAUGAUGAGUACCAGCCAGGAGGAUAGACCCUUUGUUAGGGCUGUGAGGAAGAUCAAAUGUGCCGCUAUGGUCCACAGUCUUGCCAAGAGCUGGCAGGGCUGGGCCGACGAGAACUUGGUAAAACAAGAGACCAUACCCUCUGGGUGGAUGCCCACCUCCAUUAUUGAGGACGAAGAAAGGGAGAAGCAGAACGAGACAAAAGUCCUAGUCAAGACACGUGUGGUCGAGGCAGACACCGACAGCGGCAGUCUGAUCCGAACGGGUGAGGUGACCAAGAGCCACAUGCCAAAGUACAGUGAGUACAGCACUGACCUGGUAUGCUCAAUCAAGGACAAGAUCCAGAUGGCACCUGAGGAUGCCAACAAGCCCUUCCUGGGCAACGAGUCACCCACCCGGAGACGUCUGGGUGUGAGAGCUCAGGUACAUCUGGGUAGUCUGGAGCAGAAGAUGAACUCCCGUAGCAGCAGCCUGGACACAGAGGACAGCGGGUUGGGGGAGGAGGCCAGACUCAGCGACAACAGCGACCAGAGCGACCUGAACCAGCUGAAGAUCAAUAGGCCCAAGAUUAGAGUCACCACCAUGGGUGACAUCAAGAGCAGGUGGCAGAAGUGGUCCCAGCAGCACUUAGAAGGUCAGAAGCUCAACCCCUUCAGUGAGGAGUUUGACUAUGAGCAUGCCAUGGCCCAGCGGUUGCAGAAGGGUGAUGAAGGCUACGGACGCCCCAAAGAGGGAUCCAAGACAGCCAUGCGUGGCGACCGAGCCCAGAAACAUGUGUACAAAGAAAUGGAGGAGUUGUGCUGGAUCGUCAAGGACAUGGGCCUCAAGGACAAGAACGGAAAAUCCUACAUAACUUUCGGCAGGCUGUUUGACCGCUAUGUCAAAAUCUCGGACAAAGUGGUGGGAAUAGUUUUGCGCUGCCGCAAACACAAAAUGCUUGACUUUGAGGGAGAGAUGCUGUGGAAAGGCCAGGAUGACCAUGUCGUCAUUACUCUGAGAGAUGUGAAAGAAGACUGAACCUGCAGAUGAUCUAGACUUUGACCAACACCUCUCUCCUCACAAUUUACCUAGACCCACAAGUGCCUUUCAUAUUCUGACCAGCAACAGUCCAGGAGUAGAUGUCUUAAGCAUUCUAACCAUGAUAGCCACUGGUCAUGAGUUCAACCUCAGUAGGAUAUUCUAAACAUGCUGCAGGCCAUUUUUUUUAAAUUACGUGACAAAAUAAAGUGAGAAAAAAACAUGUGGUUUGUGGACACAAUAGUGAUGUGUGGGUUGACUCAAAACCCGCAGUUGAUGCAGUUAUACAAAGAGAAAACAAUACAUUAAAAAAUCCAUAAAUGUAUAACUCUUGUGAAAUUUAUAUCUAUAGGCUACACUGAGUUUUUUCAUUAGUGUGUAAGCCUAAGCUUUAGGACCUAACUGUUCGUGCUCCAAAUAGCCUACCCUCCAUUUGCCAAAUGCUUAUGGUAACGGGCAGAAAGAGUUAAUGUUGAUCCACUGAUUAAAUAAGAGAAACGUUUGCGAAAAUGGAGAGUUGAAAAUAAAGAAGUGGUAAAAAAAUUGGUGAAGUGGUAAAAGAGGAUGAAAGCAGUGUUUACUGUAUGUUACUGUAUGUCUGAUGAUUGUGAGGCGCUAUACAAAUUACAAGACACAGGUAGUUAUAAAAGGCCUAUGGCACAUCAUGGGAACUGUAGCCUACUGUUCAGGUGGGUUAAAUGGAAACUGAAAUCUGGACACUGACUGUAGGUCUAUAACCUUUGCUAGCGGUUAGAAGCAUUGGGCCUGUAACCGAAAGGUCACAGAUUCAUAUCCCAGAGUAGACUAGGUGAAAAAUCUGCCGAUGUGCCCAUGAGCAAGGCAAUUCAUCCCAAUUGCUCCAGGGUCACCAUCAAUAAUGGCUGAUCCCUAGCUCUGACCCCACUCUCAUGGGGAGUAGGAUACGCAAAAAAAACGAAUGUCCAAUUCACACGUGUGAAAUAGGAAAAAUGCAAGUGUACAUUUUGAUUCGGGAAGAGGAGUGGAGAAAAUGAUUUCUUUCAGGAUCUUGAAAGAAUUUGAAUGUGUAGUUAGUGACCUUCUAUAGAGGUGCUACAUACAAUGUGCCUCCAAGCAGAACUGAAAUCUUAUCAGUGUCAAAUGACCAAAUCUUAUUUGGUAAUUUUCACAGCUUUCUAUUUCCUUACGAGCGUGCAAUGGCCAAGAACAUACUUCCAUUUUAUUGCAUUUUCUAGAUUGUAGCCUUCAUUCUAUCGAUGUAUUACAUUAUUCUUGUCACGCCCUGAUCUGUUUCACCUGUUCUUGUGAUUGUCUCCACCUCCUCCAGCUGUCGCUUAUUUUUCCCUGUGUAUUUAUCCCUGUGUUUCCUGUCUCUCUGUGCCAGUUUGUCUUGUAUGUUUUUAAGUCAACCAGCGUGUUUUUCCCAUACUCCUGUUCUCCAUUCUCUUUUUCUAGUCUUCCCGGUUUUGACCCUUGCCUGUUUUUUCUGGACUCCGUACCCGCCUGCCUGACCCUUCUGCCUGCCAUGACAUCUAGCCUGUCUGCCACUUCUUGGACUCAGAAUCUGUUUUUGACCAUUUGCCUGUCCACGACCAUUCUCUUGCCUACUUUUGGAUUAAAUAAACAACAAAGACUCUAACCAUCUGCCUCCUGUGUCUGCAUCUGGGUCUCGCCUUGCGUCCUUAUUGUACGAAAUGGCCAUGACAGACCCAGCAGACUUGGACCAGCUCCGCCACGCUGUCUCCCUGAAGGGAGCCACUAUUGGGAGACAUGAGGAGUUCUCCGGUAGCUGGGAGAGAGGCGACCAGUAAACUUCUGGAAUUACGUCAAAACUCCCAUAGUGUGGCAGACUACGCGGCUGAUUUUCACACAUUGUUAAAAACUUCUCAGGGAUAGGCGCCCCAUCAACGCGACAGUUGUAAAUCAUGCAGAGCCUUUGGUCACCAUUGCAGAUUUUAGAGAAACAACAAAUGUCUGUACAUAUAAAUGUCUUAUAUCGGCUGAAAGCUUACAUGUUUGUUAAUAUAACUGCACUGUCCAAUUUCCAGUAGCUAUUACUUCGGGGAUAAAAUGCUAUGCUAUUGUUUGAGGAGAGCUCCUAACAACAAAACACAUUUUUUUCACCACGAUAGGUGAAAUGUGUACUUACAUUCCAAAAUCAUGCUCUGAUUUAUCAUCUGAAGGGUCCCAGAGAAAACAUGAAGCGAUGUUUUGUUAGAUUAAUCCUUUUCAUAUCCUAAAAAGGUCCAUAUAGCAUGCACGAUCAAUUUUGUAUUUCCACCUGUUCAAUUUGCAAAGAAAGGAGUCUGUGGAAAUCUAACCCUAAACAUUGUUUCAACCAGUCAAAUCACGUUCGUAUUUAGGUUGUUUUGUUAUUUGUAUUUUCUUCUACCAGAUAUAUUGUGUUAUAUUCUCCCAUAUUGACAUUUCCACAAACAUCAAUGUUCUUCCUUUCAAAUCAAAAAAAAAUCUUCCAAAUUCAAAAAAAAUUAUUCCUUUCAAAUCAGUAAAGAACAAAUUCUUAUUUUCAAUGACAGCCUAGGAACAGAGGUGUUAACUGCCUUGUUCAGGGGCAGAACAACAGAUGUUUAAUUUGUCAGCUUGGGGAUUCGAUCUUGCAAACUUCCGGUUACUAAUCCAACGCUCUAACCACUAGGCCAUCUGCCGCCCCAAAAUCAUCUCUGAAGGGAAUGUUCAGAUUGGUCCGUAAAAAGUGAGAGAGUGGUGGAUUGGUUCCAACCCACGUACAGGGUGCUACAGCGGUUUCUGGGGUUUUCUCAUUUUUACCGUUGUUUCAUUCGGGUCUACAGCAACCUGGCUGCUCCCCUCUCUGCACUCACCUCUCCCACAGUACUGUUCACAUGGUCCCCUGCAGCAAACAAGGCUUUUGUGAAUUUGAAGCAACGAUUCACCACUGCCACCAUCCCCUUCCAUCUGGAUCCGACCCGUCAGUUUGUGGUGGAGUUUGACGCUUUUGACGUGGGAGUAGGGGCCGUUCUUUCUCAGCGAUCCGUCCAGGACCAAAAGCUUCAUCCCUGUGCCUUCAUGUCCCAUCGUCUCAACUCGGCGGAGAGGAACUAUGACGUUGGCAACCGGGAACACCUAGCAGUAAAUAUGGCCCUGGAGGAGUGGAGGCACUGGCUGGAAGGGGUGAGACAUCUAAUUUGGAAUAUCUCCACACAACCAAGCGCCUUAACUCUAGGCAGGCCCGGUGGGCUCUGUUAUUCACAGAGGUUUAAUUUCAUCUUCUCCUACCACCCAGGGUCCAAAAACGUGAAGCCGGACACCCUUUUCCACCUGUACAGUUCCGCUACCACACCCUUGGAAUCAGAGACCAUCCUCCCUGCCUCAUGUUUGGCGGCUGCGCUUGUCUGGGGUAUUGAGGCUCUGGUUCGCAAAGCACAACGUUCCCAGCUGGACCCUGGGGAAGGUCCGGCUAACCGGAUGUUCGUUCCUGAUUCAGUCCGGUCCCAAGUCCUGAAAUGGGCUCAUUCCUCCAGGCUUACCUGUCAUCCUGGUUCUCGUCAUACCCUGGCUUUCCUUCGACAGCGCUUCUGGUGGCCCACCAUUGCUCCUGAUGUCUUGGCCUUCGUCACUGCAUGCAUGGUGUGUGCUCAAAGCAAGACUCUGCAGUAGGCUCCGUCUGGUCACCUUCACCUUCAGCCAUUUCCUGUUCCUCAUCUCCCCUGGUUCCAUAUUUCCCUGGAUUUUGUCACUGGGCUUCCUGCGUCAGAUGGGAACACCACCAUCCUGACAGUGGUUGACAGGUUCUCCAAGGCCACCCAUUUCAUCCCUCUUCCUAAAUUACCUUCCGCCAAAGAGACGGCCCAGCUCAUGGUGCAUGGUGCCAGGAACACUCUCCCCUGCUCGGGUACUGGACUAUCCCCCUUCGAAUGCUCCAAGGGAUAUCAGCCCCCACUCUUCCCAAUGCAAGAAGUGGAGGUCAACCCAUCUUCACCCCAAAUGUUCGUCCGUCGCAGUCGGCGUACCUGGAAAAGAGAUCCGACGGCUCUUCUCAAGACAACCUCCAGGUAUCGUCCACAAGCAGAUUGCCACCGGACUCUUGCUCCCCACUGUCGGGAAGAGGGUAUGGUUAUCCACUCAGGACCUACCCCUACUGGUAGAAUCCCAUAAACUUUUCCCCCGUUUCAUUGGUCUCCAUUCUCUUUUUCUAGUCUUCCCGGUCUUUACCCUUGCCUGUUCUGGUCAGCAAAGGUUAAUUUAGUCUUCUAAGGCAACAUAUUAUAACAGGAGAUAUGCUGCAUGUAUCUAGUUACAGACAAGUUGACUAACAAA